AUGACGUCAUCUUAUCGCGACACUCAUCUUUGUCAGUGAACAAAAUGGCGUCUUACUGUUUGACUGUCACCCGGUUACGGCUGGCCCUUGGUACUGGUGCCAGGCGAAUUCAUGUGUCUGCAGCCCUCAGUGCCAAGGCCAAAGUGGCAAUGAGCCGCUUUGAGCCUGGCUCCAGCAUUAACUAUGAACAAAUGCACAAGAACAUCAACAUCGUGCGCAAGAGGCUCAACAGACCACUCACUCUGUCUGAGAAGAUCGUGUACGGUCAUCUGGACGAUCCGGCAGGGCAGGAGAUUGAACGCGGUCGCACUUACCUGCGUCUGCGUCCGGACCGCGUGGCCAUGCAGGAUGCUACAGCGCAAAUGGCCAUGCUUCAGUUUAUCAGCAGUGGUCUGCCCCAGGUAGCGGUGCCCUCCACCAUCCACUGUGAUCAUCUGAUUGAGGCCCAGAUUGGAGGAGCUCAGGAUCUGCAGAGAGCGAAGGAAGUGAACCAGGAAGUUUACAACUUCCUUGCAACCGCUGGAGCCAAAUAUGGAGUUGGCUUCUGGAAACCAGGCUCCGGGAUCAUCCAUCAGAUCAUCCUGGAGAACUACGCCUAUCCGGGUGUGAUGCUAAUUGGUACAGAUUCACACACUCCUAAUGGCGGUGGUCUGGGGAGCAUCUGUAUCGGCGUGGGUGGAGCCGAUGCUGUAGAUGUCAUGGCCGGAAUCCCUUGGGAACUCAAGUGUCCCAAAGUGAUUGGAGUGAAGCUGACGGGAACUUUGUCAGGCUGGACAUCUCCAAAGGAUGUCAUCUUGAAGGUGGCUGGAAUCCUCACUGUCAAGGGCGGCACGGGCGCCAUUGUGGAGUAUCACGGGCCUGGAGUUGACUCUAUCAGUUGUACGGGAAUGGCCACCAUCUGCAACAUGGGUGCGGAGAUCGGAGCUACCACAUCCAUUUUCCCCUACAACCACCGUAUGAAGACUUACCUUGACAAAACUGGUCGCGGUGAGAUUGCCGCUGUGGCUGAUGAGUUCAAAGGUGACUUGGUCCCCGAUGAUGGCUGUGAAUACGACCAGACCAUUGAGAUUAACCUGAGUGAGUUGAAGCCACACAUCAACGGGCCUUUCACCCCCGACUUGGCCCACCCAGUGUCUGAAAUUGGUGCCGUAGCUGCGAAGAGCGGGUGGCCUCUGGAGGUUAAAGUUGGACUGAUUGGGAGCUGCACCAACUCCAGCUACGAGGACAUGGGAAGAGCCGCCUCUCUUGCCAAGCAGGCCUUGGAUAAAGGCUUGAAGUGCAAAGCCCAGUUCACAGUCACUCCUGGAUCCGAGCAGAUCCGAGCCACCAUCGAGAGGGACGGAUACGCCAAGAUCUUGAGUGACGUUGGGGGGGUCGUGCUCGCCAAUGCUUGCGGCCCUUGUAUUGGUCAGUGGGACAGGAGGGAUGUGAAAAAAGGAGAGAAGAACACAAUUGUCACUUCCUUUAACAGAAAUUUCACCGCUAGAAACGAUGCUAAUCCAGCUACUCAUGCUUUUGUCACCUCUCCUGAGAUUGUCACAGCCUUGGCCCUCGCCGGGACGCUCGACUUCAACCCAGAAACGGACUACUUGACCGCCCCCAACGGAGAGAAGUUUAAGCUGAACCCCCCUUCGGGUGACGAGCUCCCCUCCAGAGACUUCGACCCGGGCCAGGACACGUACCAGCACCCCCCCGCUGAGAGCGGCUCCGUCAAGGUGGACGUAAACCCAGCCAGUAACCGUCUGCAGCUACUGGAGCCCUUUGACAAGUGGCAUGGAAAAGACCUGGAAGACAUGAAGGUCCUUAUCAAGGUGAAGGGAAAGUGCACAACUGACCACAUCAGUGCCGCUGGACCUUGGCUGAAGUUCCGUGGUCAUCUCGACAACAUCUCCAACAAUCUGCUGAUCGGGGCCGUGAACAUCGAGAACGACGCCGUCAACAAAGUCAAAAACCAGCUGACCGGAGACUAUGGCGGGGUGCCUGAUGUGGCUCGCCACUACAAGGCCAAUGGAGUAAACUGGGUUGUUGUGGGCGAUGAGAAUUAUGGUGAAGGCUCCAGCAGAGAGCAUGCUGCCCUGGAACCUCGACACCUGGGGGGGCGUGCUAUCAUUGUCAAAAGCUUUGCAAGAAUCCACGAGACUAACCUGAAGAAACAAGGCCUGCUGCCGCUGACUUUUGCUAACGCUAGUGACUACGACAAAAUCCGUCCUGAUGACCAUAUUUCAAUCACCGGGCUUAAAUCUUUUGCGCCCGGCAAGCCGCUGACGGCCGUGAUCAAGCACAGUGAUGGCAGCCAGGAGUCGGUCACCUUAAACCACACCUUCAACGACACACAGAUCGGGUGGUUUAAAGCCGGCUCCGCCCUCAACAGAAUGAAGGAGCUGCAGUAGUUGGUGGAAGGCAAGAAAGCGGCGGGGCUAGUAGUGGCCAUCAAGGGACCUUGGCAUGGGUGAAGAAGGGGGUGGCUGGGGGGGGUAUUUUGUGCAAGACGUGAGCAGAUUUGGUUGAGGCUUACCUGUAGUCAUGCUCCUUUUAGGAAGGAAAACGCAUUCAAACACACCAGGUCGCUGAACAGAUGAAAAGCGCACAUAGCCACAUCGUGUACGUCCACAGACGGAAUGAAGCAUUAAACAAGAUAAUCACAGCCAUCUUUGUGUGAGAAGCUUAGCGUAACAUCCGUUUCUUGGCAGCACUCCCCUUAAAAGUCCAUCAUACUGUUUGCAUGUCUUUCACCACCCUUCAUUUCUUUUAAAUCACAAAUCAUAAGUACGCUACUGUAUUUCUGUGAUAUCACUCCGAGCUAAGCUGAUUUAAAAGCAGGAUGUGAUUCAGACCGUUAUCUUAAAUGGUUAUUGAUCAUUUGUGGUGUAAUUAUUGACUUAAUUCAGCCAUAGUCGGUGUUAAUACUGCAUACAAAACUCUUAUUUCACUUGUUUAUUUAUUAAUUACAAGAACAUGGGCCUUCCGCUUUCUUGAAUUCAGUCAGUUACAUUUUACUGAGCACAAUGAAUAUCUGUACUAUGAUCCAUGUGGUCAUCUCGCUUCCUGCAAACCAGAUACAUAUUGCUGCUAUUGGAAGCACGAGCCCUGCCGUUAUGUCUCUUAUGCUUGUGGACAAAUGUAUAAAGAAAUGAGCGAUGGUACGGUAUGGGCGUCUGCAGUGACUUGUUUUUAGGUAAAUAAGAGAAACAUUUAACAUACUCGUAACAUACUGUUAUCCAGACUUUCACCCAUUGUGAGCAUUUUCUUGCAGUACCUAAUGCAUAAAAAAAAGUGCAGGUGCCUGUGUGCUAGCAUUUGUUUCUAAAAAUACAUUUAUGUUGUGAUUCUUUUGAAAUGACAUCAAUCAGGAAUCAAUAUCGCAUUCAUUAUUCAUACAUGCACACUUUGCCAUCCCAUGUGUGCAGUAGAGUACGUGUGCAUCACGAUGCGGGUUUUGAACUCGACGUCAUGACCUGCCAUUCUAUGUGCAGAAUUAACACCACUUUUCAUAAUGAUGAAUGUCCAAUAAAUAUGCUUUAAAAAGUCACAGUUUGGUGUAUAUUGUUUGCUAAAUUUCGCUAAAAUCCAUUGAUCCAUGCUUCCCUUAGUGGUCUUUAGUUAAAAGUCUGAUUCACCUCAUUUGACUAAUGCAGUAUACUUGUUGCUGCCUUUGAUAGUAUACACAAUUAUAUUUGGAUUAGCUGUCAUAUUUUUAUAUUUCUUAAUAAUGUAUCCAAUCUGCUUUUGGACAAAUGGUUACGCAAUGUAUGUUGGUUGUACUGUGAAGUAGGUGGGGUGCCACUUGACAUACUUUACUGGUCUGUUACAGCAAAUAAACACAAAAGUUACUUAAAUUUAA